GCUCCCAUAAUGUAUAAAAAAUUAUUUCUGCAUUUGCAUACCGACUUCUUCUUUUUGUUUGCCUUUAGAUUCUGAUAAUAGCAGUGUCUUAAUUAAAGUAAAUUUGAGGCUUUUCAGAUGCAAGCAUAAAAAUUCUUUGGCACUCACGUUUGUUCAAAAAUUGCAUGAUUGUCAGUAGUAAACUAUCUUCGAUACAGCAUGUAUUUCACGUGUGUAACAGCUGCCCUUUCUAGUUUGCAUGUCGGAUUUGGUUUGUUGGAAGAAGUUUGUAUUAAACAGUAUUUUAACAGCAAUUAACAAUUAACCAAUUGCUUAGAAUAUCUCUAGUUCUAUGUGGAAACCAGGUCAAAUCAUACAAGACCAACAGGAAAAUGUUGAAGAGAUGAGAAAGAUGUAAUUUACGUAAUUUAAUCUAAAAAGUUGUACUUAGGUGCGGUAUAAACAGCAACAGAAAAAAAAGUAUUAACUACAGUUAGGAGAAUUUUAAAAUGAAAUUGUUGUUAUUAUUUGCGCUUUUCGCCUGCGCCCAAAUGGAGUUUAUUUACAUCAAGAGAUUGCCCACUGGAGAUCUGUUGCGCAAUGUUGACCGUGCAAAAUGUAGAGGGUUUAAUGGUAGUCCACUUCCUGGAAAUAUGUGUCAAUGCCCUCUUUUGGCAACGUUUUACAAUUUAUCAAGUUGGAAUAACGGAAAGGAACUUUGUCAUGAAGGAUUGGGAAAUUCUGGGUGUUAUCUUUCCACAGAAUCAUCCCACAACCACAUUCAAUUUCUGCAAAAUAAGACAACAGUUGAAACGUUACGAAACACACCGGAUUGUACCAACUUUGCUUACGUCAUCUCACGUAUUGAAAAAUGGGGAUUGAGAGGGUUUGUGAGGGUGGCUAAUGGUGAAAAUUACGUUGAAGCAUUGAGGCUUACUAGUCUUGGUGCUAAUAAAAUACGAUUGUUGUUCAUAGGUGAUGGAAUUCCAAAGGAAUUGGAAGGAGCGUUGUUGAGGAUAACAUUCACAAUCUGUGGUCAAACCAAAUGUAUUCUGCUGAAGGUACAAGGAGAGCAAAAAUGGACUCGAGGUACUUCACUACCAACCUCUACACCAACCUCUAAACAAACUGCAUCUGUAACCACGACUACCUUCCCAGAUACUACAAGUGUUGAAACAACAGAGUAUACAAUACAUACUGGCAACAACACAUCAAGUAUUGAUACAACGCUAUCGAUCCCCACAACUUUAUCACCAACCUCUACACCAAAGCAAACUGCAUCGGUAACCACGACUACCUUCCCAGAUACUACAAGUGUUGAAACAACAGAGUAUACAAUACCAACUGACACCUACACACCAAGUAUUGAUACAACGCUAUUGAUUCCCAGAACUCUCCCACCAAAAGAAAAAUCAACCGGUAGACCAACUGUGACGAAUACAAGAAAACCAUCUCCAACAACAAAAAGUACCGCGGCACCACCUGCAAGCGAGAGUUCAUCUUCAUCAAGCAAUACGCUCGUCGUUGUACUUAUCAGCGUGUUUUGCUCGAUCAUAAUUAUCAUACUGCUGCUGAUUUUGAUAAUUAAGUAUCGUAAAAGGAAGAGCGGUGAUAAGAGCUACCAUAAUUCUCGCACUGCGUAUCCUGUUUCAGAUCGAUUUCAAAAUCCAUUUAGAGUUCCAAACCAUGCAUAUGUACCUCGAGGACCUGAGGCUUCAGAAAGUUAUAGUACUUAUAUGACACCUGUUGAAAAUAUGUAUGAAUACAUCGAUCCUAUUGAAUCUUCUGAAUAUCAGAGUAUGGGAACAAUACAGCCACCUUCGUAUGAAAGUCUGGCAAUAUCAGAAGGCAGAAAAGAUCAGCGACAGAACGCUGAAGAAGAAAAAUAUAUAGAAGCCAACACAAGCAACCCAUAUCUGUAGAGGAAUAAUUAGUCGCCUCAAAUCUUAAGGAGCACCUUGUUAUCAUCUUUACUUCAAAUCAGAAUGUCAAAUAUAUUCACUGGAUGUUUUCAGUAAAAGAGGAAUAAGAAGCAUCUUGAUUUCAAAGUCAUGUUUUAUGGAAUCACACAUUGUCACAUGCUCAAGCAACAAUUAUUGAAGAAAAUCAUGUUGACUUUAAGAGCCUGAUAAUGCAUCACUUUGUAUGUUGAAGAAUCGUCUUUAAUAUAUUUCUCACAAAAGGCGCUCGAAUCUGAAAAUUCAAUAAAGCACUAUUUAAAAAUCAAUAAUACGAAGAUUCGUUCAACAUUUAGUAAUUUUCUAAAUCUUAAGAAUUUUAGUGUGACAAAGUUAUAGACGAGGGCCAUUUUAGGAAAGAGGGCCGUAAGUAGUUGGACCCUUUAUGCUUUCAAAAUACGUAAUAGGCACCACAAAAAGUCUAAAAACUAAUGGCUAAAAUGUUAUCGUAACAUACGUUCCAGCUUUGGAAGUUAAAAAUAUUCAGGUGAAAUUGAAACAAAAAACUUCGCUCUUUCAAGGGGAACAUUACUUAAAAGAUCAAAAAAUUGGGAAUUCUGAGGAACUCUUUUUUAUAGUAAAUAUCUAUAUGAAUCUAAGAAAGUAAUUCCACAUAUCGUGCUUUUCAAAUAUUUCAAACCAUAUAUUUUCAAAUCAAACCAACACUCUUCCCUAAAAUAAGUAAAAAAAAAAAUAAUCGUAUUAUUUCUUUGGCUAGGAAACGUAAUGUAUAUAUUUUUAAAAAAAAUAAAUGGAGUUUGAAGCAAGAUAACAUUAGAAUACAAAGAACAUGCUCGC